AUGCCAGCCGAAGGACUAAGGAAACCUCGCGCAAAACACGCGUGUAGGGAAUGCAACUCUCGCCGCAUCCGCUGCAACGUCACUGAGCGCCUCCCAUGCUCCAAUUGCGAGAUCUCAAAGUCAACAUGCGAAGUUUUGCCUUCAAGAAGAGGCCGAUAUCCCCGGAAGUCGAAGAAGGAAAAGCAACUCGCAGCGGCCGCGUCCGCGACCCCGGAGCCCGCAGCUCCGACUCCGCCUUCGGCGCUCACAUCCGCCGUGGCAGCAACCCUUGCCUCCAUGAGCGCCGCAUCGCCGUCUCAAGGACUCCCGAGCUCUAGUACUUCGCAGGCCCAUUUUCAUGUCGAGACGCCAGCAUCAGUACACUCUGCUUCCGGGACGGGGAGUAGUCGAUUUUUCGGGGAAUCCAACUUCCUUACCCUUGUUCCUGGAGCUUCUGAGACUGGGUCUGAUGCUACUGCUGGAGACGUUGGCUUGAAGGGCCGCCUCGCCUUUCCGGUUCCUCAAACACCACAAUUCCAAGACCUAGCUACGUCACCUGCAAGCACUCAUCAUAUCAGCUCAGCGACCGAGAGAUAUCUGAGAGAUGAAGGCGCCUUGACCUUCCCUGACAUGCAAAGCUGUCUACCAGCCCUUCGUGCCUAUUUCAAGUGGUUUCACCCCUGCUUUCCUAUUCUCGAUCGCGCGGAUAUUGCAAAGCGGCUUGUGACAAUGGAUAUCUCGCCUCUCUUAUUGCAGGCAAUGCUCUUCAUCGGCUCCACUUACUGUGAUGAAACAACCAUCACCGCCAUGGGUUUCAAAGACCGCUCGGAGGCGAAGAACGUAACCUAUUCAAGGGCCCGAAUUCUAUUUCAUUCUAACUGGGAGAAAGACGAAUUCACUCUCAUCCAGUCCCUCUUUCUUUGCAGUUUCUGGAGGGGCGGCCCUACGGACUGGCGAGAUGUGAGAUACUGGCUGGGAUGCGUCUUGACACUUGCUCAGACACAUGGACUUCAUCGAUCGACUCGAUUUAUUACUCGGGACUCUCAGUUCGCCCGCAUGAGAAGGAGAGUGUGGUGGUCCAUCUAUGUCCGAGAACGGCAGGCAGCAAUAUCACUCGGUUUGCCUUGUCGGAUUCGUGAUGAAGAUUGCGACAUUGAGCCGUUGACGGCCGCAGACCUCGAAGAUGAUGCAGACGACCAACAGGGAACUGACUUUGGCUCGACUAAGCCUGAGCAUAUCCAUUACGCUGUUAAGAUGGUGGAUAUUGCGCGGCUACUUGGAAGAAUAAUGGAUACUCAUUUCGCUCCAGGGCGGGGGCCCCCAGGACCUGCUGAAGUCCGCGAUCUAAAGCAGCAACUUGAACGGUGGAAGAACAGCUUGCCAGAUGAAAUGCGCAGGGGUCCAGAAGAUGGUCAAUCAUCAGUCCUGACAUGUCUCAUACAUCUAGCUUACAAUCACCUACGUAUUCUCGUUCACCGCAAUGGCUGGCUUCGAAACCAAGAUGAAGAUGAUAAGAAAGCAGCACUCGCUGCUGCAUGUCGUAUUAGUAGGAUUGCUGAGGACAUGCUUGCGCAGAAGACUUUACAGUACGGUCAAAUGCAUCUGCUUACAAGCUUAUUUGCGGCUCUUUGUAUCCACGCUAUCGACAUCAGGUCGGCUGAUGGAAUAGGACGCCGACUCGCAGAGCACAGAGCACAAAUGUGCCUAUUAGGCUUGAAAGAAAUACAAAAGUACUGGCGCAUAAACAAUAACGUAUUGGAUCUCUUCCUUCAGUAUCUCGAUGAGCCAAUCGCUAAGAGGCUACACAAUAACAACACCGAUUCUGCAACCGCCGAGGGCGAUCCAGGAUUUACAGCUAGCUUUAGUCCGCUCGAUACAUCGACAACAAGCCCGUCUCAUGCUCUUCUUUCCGACCCACCGGUGCAAAGAAGGUCUGAUGCUAUAGAGGAUCAGUAUUUUAACCUGAUGAGAACCAAUUGGGAAGGCGAAGAUGCGUUGGAAGACCUUGGAUUGUUUCUGGACCCCCAACUCUACGCCAAUGGUCCGAUGCAGGUUGAGGGGCUCAACUUUCUCCAGCGGUGCCUAUGA